AUGUCGGUGGCAGUGGAAUUGCCAUUAUCGGCUUUGUCGUCGUCUGCGACAGAUGCUAUUAUGACGAACUCCAUGGAAGUCAAGAUGGAAGUUAACACAGAAGUCACAAAAGCUACAGAGGUUACGGAGGUUACAACUACGGAAGUCCUCAGCACAGAAACCAACACAAACACAAAAGUCGAAGAUCUACUAGAAGACGAAAUCGACGAAAUCAUCAUGCGCCCAGACGUAAUCCCGAGGAAGCUUUGGGAGCACCCAAACCCGGAGAGCACGCCUAUGUGGCAGUUCUUGCAGAAUGUUAACAAGAGACAUGGGCUUAGCUUGAAGACCUUCUUGGAACUCCACGAAUACUCCCUCCAAAACCGCUCCCAGUUCUGGGCGGACGUCUGGGAAGAAGCUAACUACAUCCACGAAGGCACCUACAGCAGAGUAGUGGACGAAUCCGCCCCCAUUGACGCCGUCCCCAUCUGGUUCGAGGGCGUCAAGCUCAGCUACGCCGAGAACGUGCUCUACUCCCGGCCCAAGGGCAGUUCGAGCCAAACCCGUUCCACAGUAGGAAAAGAAGACGACAAGGUAGCCGUGACCGAGGUGCGUGAAGGCGCAAGCGAAACCCGCGACGCCACAUACGGCGAACUCCGCGAGCGAGCAGGCAGACUAGCCGCCGCGAUGAAGGCGCGCGGGGUCAAGAAGGGCGACAUCGUGGUGAUCGUCGGUUCCAACAGCAUCGACACGCUGCUCGUCUGGCUGGCCACCUCGUGGCUGGGCGCCAUCUUCAGCAGCAGCUCGACGGACAUGGGCACCAAGGGCAUCCUGCAGCGAACGGUGCAAGUCAACCCCAAGCUGCUCUUCAUGGACGACGCGGCCCUCUACAACGGCAAGAUCGUCGACCUCCGGGGAAAGAUGGCCGAAGUGGUCGAGGGACUCAAGGACUGCACCAACUUCGACAACAUCGUCUCCAUCCGCCGCUUCUCCGAAGCCCGCGACAUCUCGGCCGUUCCGAAAGCCAUCACCUGGGACGACUUUAUUUCUUCCGCUGGCGCCUCGCCCGCCAUCCCGGACUUCGUCCGCAUCCCCUUCCACGAACCCUACCUAAUCUGCUACUCCUCCGGCACCACCGGCACUCCAAAGGCCAUCGUGCACUCCCUCGGCGGCGUAAUGAUCUCCUACUUCAAAGAAGGCGGUCUCCACGAAGGACUCACGGGGUCGGACGUAACCCUCCAAUACACCACCACGGGCUGGAUCAUGUACCUCGCCAACGUCGCCAUUUUGUUGUAUGGCGGGAAAACCAUCAUCUACGAUGGCUCGCCCUUCAAACCCGACUCCUCCAUUUUGAUUUCCCUCGCCGCCAAACACCGCGCCACCAAACUCGGCAUUUCCCCCCGGUGGAUGUUCGAGUUCGCCAAAAACGGCCAAUCCCCCCGCGAAAUGGCCGACCUCUCGGCUUUGCGGAUCGUCACCUGCACAGGCAUGGUCCUCUCCGACCAACUCUUCGAAUGGUUCUACGACUCCGGCUUCCCGCCCUCCGUCCAGCUCGCCAACAUGUCGGGCGGCACCGACAUAGCCGGUUGUUUCGGCAUCUGCAACCCCCUAACGCCCGUCUACGUCGGCGGCACGCAGGGUUUCUCCUUGGGCGUAGAGGUAAAAAUCUACGACUCCCUCGUCGGCGACGGCGAACCAGGCCGUCCCGUCCCCGAGGGCCACGCAGGUGAACUCGUCGCCACCACCGCGUUCCCCAACGUGCCCUGCUUCUUCUGGUCCGACCCCAUCCCCGAGGGCCAAAAGGGUGUGGCGUCCCCGGGAACCCGCUACCACUCAGCCUACUUCGCGCGCUUCCCGCACGUCUGGGCGCACGGCGACUUUUGCGUGAUCCACCCGACCACUAAGAAUUUACACCUUUUGGGGAGAGCGGACGGGGUUCUCAACCCGAGUGGCGUGCGGUUCGGCUCGGCGGAGAUAUACAGCGUCAUCGAGCGCCGGUUUGCCGAUCGAGUGCAGGACUCGCUGUGUGUAGGGCAGCGAAGGCCGAAGGAUCAUGAUGAGAGCGUGAUGCUUUUCUUGCUGAUGAAGCCCGGCCAGAAGCUGGAUGAGGCGCUGGUGAGGGAGGUGAAGGAGGCGAUUGGCAAGGAUUUGAGUAAGAGGCAUGUGCCGAAAUGGGUUUUUGAGACGCCUGAGAUUCCGACGACUAUUAACCUCAAGAAGGUCGAGCUACCUGUUAAGCACAUUGUGUGUGGACGCAAGGUCAAGCCGAGUGGGACGCUGGCUAAUCCGCAGAGUCUGGACUUUUACUACCAGUUUGCGAAGGUGGAAGAGUUGGUGAAUCCUCAUCCUAACCUUUAA